AUGCCUUCGAGGAAGGGGGGUCGGCCGACGCUGAGCCAGGGCUUGGACCGAGAGGUCUACCAAGUCGUGCGCAAAAUUAUCGAUGACCAGCCCGAUGAGGCCCGCAUUCGCCUUUCGGUCCCCGCAAUUUAUGAGCAGUUGAAAAAAUCCAAUUCCAGCUUGAAUCGCAAGCCUAAGAAACUGCUGGAGGAUAGCUUGGAGCGGGUUUUGGAGGUGGUGAAGAGUGAUGUCCUCGGUGAUGAUGAGGAUGAUACGGUCGAGGGAGAUUUUGAAGGUCUCGAGGAACCGCCGGCUGUGGAACCCAAUGGCGUGAACCAGAGCAUUGUCGGCGCAUGGUCGACCGCCAAAGCAGCGACAUCCUCUCGCAAGGCCGAGGGAACCUCAAAACGAAAAGGACGCGACGGAGAAUCUUCCUCGAAGCGACGCAAGGCCGAGGCCACAAUCGACCGAUCUCCACCUACGCACGUUAGUCUUACAGAUCUGGGUGGUCUGGACGAUGUGGUUCAGGAAUUGGGCGAUCUGGUUAUCCUGCCCAUGACCCGACCACAGGUGUACCUGGCUUCGAACGUUCAGCCGCCGCGCGGUGUUCUACUUCACGGUCCGCCGGGAUGCGGAAAGACUAUGAUUGCGAAUGCAUUUGCUGCGGAACUGGGCGUGCCUUUCAUCUCGAUCUCGGCUCCCUCAAUUGUGUCCGGUAUGUCCGGCGAGUCUGAGAAGGCGCUGCGGGAACACUUUGAUGAGGCCAAGCGCAUUGCUCCUUGUCUGAUUUUUAUUGAUGAGAUCGAUGCGAUUACCCCGAAGCGUGAGAGCGCGCAGAGAGAAAUGGAGAAGAGGAUCGUCGCCCAGCUGUUGACCUGCAUGGACGAAAUUGCUCUUGAGAAGACGGACGGCAAGCCGGUUAUCGUGCUCGCAGCUACGAACCGACCCGACAGUCUGGAUGCGGCAUUGCGUCGUGGAGGCCGCUUCGACAAGGAGAUUAACAUGACCGUUCCCUCUGAGCCGGUCCGAGAAAAAAUCCUGCGAGCUCUGACACGGAAGAUGCGCCUGGCGGAUGACCUCGACCUCAAGACAUUGGCGAAGCGAACCCCCGGAUUCGUCGGCGCUGACCUCAAUGACCUCGUUUCAACCGCUGGUGCCGCUGCGAUCAAGCGAUACCUCGAAAUCCUCAAAGCCAACAGCGGUGAAGACAUGGAGAUGGAGAUCGAGGGCGAGGAUGAUAUCAGUCCUAAGGUCCGCGAACUCCGCCGUCUCAUUACACACGCCAAAGAAAACCCCAUUGGCGAGGAAACACAAGAGAUUUCCAUCUCCAAUGCGGAUUUCUUCACCGCGCUACCCAAAAUCCAACCCUCCUCCAAACGUGAAGGCUUCGCCACCGUUCCUGACACAACCUGGGAAGACAUCGGCGCCCUUACUGGUAUUCGCGACGAACUGGAAACCGCCAUUGUCGAGCCGAUUAAGAACCCUGAGAUCUACGCACAGGUUGGUAUUACCGCGCCGACGGGUGUUCUCCUCUGGGGACCGCCGGGUUGCGGUAAGACGCUUCUGGCCAAGGCCGUUGCGAACGAGUCUCGCGCCAACUUCAUUAGCGUCAAAGGUCCUGAGCUGCUGAAUAAAUUCGUUGGUGAAUCUGAACGCGCUGUUCGCCAGGUCUUUGUUCGUGCUCGGUCUUCCGUUCCUUGCGUGAUCUUCUUCGAUGAGCUUGAUGCCCUUGUUCCCCGUCGUGAAGAUACCCUCUCCGAAGCAUCUGCCCGUGUUGUCAACACAUUGCUCACUGAGUUGGACGGCCUUGGAUCUAGUCGACAGGGUAUCUAUGUUAUUGCCGCGACAAAUCGUCCCGAUAUCAUUGAUCCGGCUAUGCUUCGCCCCGGUCGCCUUGAGACUCUUCUCUUCGUCAACCUGCCUUCGGCCCUUGAGCGUGUCCAGAUUCUCAAGACCCUUGUCCGCAAACUCCCUAUCGAUUUCGAUGACGAUAUGCACAGGCUCGCAGAGGAGUGCGAGGGAUACUCUGGCGCCGAUCUGGGCAGCUUGGUUCGUCGCGCUGGUUACUCGGCUAUUAAGCGUCGGGAUGCGAUCAAGAUGGAUGACUUCGAAGCGGCCAAAUCUUUCAUUCGGCCCAGUGUUACUGAUAUGAAGAAGUACGAAAGGCUCAAGAGGGACUGGAGCGGUGGUGUGGUUUGA